AUGAAGUAUGGAAAAAGGAUCGUUUUAUUUACAUUGUUUGCAAUGAACUUAGUCGAGCAGCCGACGCCGUACAUAACCAUCGAGCAAGGUACUUUGAGCGGUAGAAUAAGUGAAGAUGGAUCAAUUUUCGAAUACAUGGGUAUACCUUAUGCGACUUCUAAUAUAAAAACAAGAUUCAAGGCACCUCUUCCUCCUCCGAAAUGGGAAGGUAUUUACAAAGCAAUAGAUGAAAUGUACGUGUGUCCACAACCAUUUCUACUUAAUACAAUCGUUGGUAAAGAAGACUGUUUGAAACUACACAUUUAUGUACCAGCAAAGACCAAAGGUCCACUUCCAGUGAUGGUCUAUAUACACGGAGGAGCAUUUUACUUAGGAAAUGCAGGAAAACAUUUUUACGGUCCAGAAUUUUUAGUCAAGCACGAUAUUAUACUCGUUAUUAUUAACUAUCGACUAGGAAUUUUGGGUUUUACUUGUUUGGGUAUAGAAGAAGCACCUGGUAAUGCUGGUUUGAAGGAUCAGAUAGCUGCAUUGAGAUGGGUGAAGAAGAAUAUUGCCGCUUUCGGUGGAGAUCCAGACAACAUAACUCUGUUUGGAGAAAGUGCAGGUGCUGCAUCUAUUUCUAUACUUCUUCUUAACGAUGUAACAUUAGGAUUAUUUAACAGAGUUAUAUUGCAAAGCGGGUCUUCUCUAACAAGUUGGACAACUAAUAGGCAAGCAGUCUGGGUAGCCAGUCUUUUAGUAAAAUCUUUAGGGCACAAUACAGAGGAUCCAAACGAGAUAUACAAAAUUCUUCAUAAACUUUCUUAUAGAGACAUAAUUAAACUGAAACCAGAUAAACCUCUCGGUAUGUUCAGCGAUGCACCAAUGCUUGGUCUACCGUGUGUCGAAAAACCUGGUAUACCUGGUAAUGAACCAGUAUUGGUAGAUUUGCCAUAUAAUCUUCUCAUGAAAAAUCGAAGAAAUAUAUCUGUUAUCCACGGCAGUAUGACCAGGGAAGGUUUUAUUGUAAUAUCUGGUGAAACAGAUAUAAGUAUUGAAAAUUGGAAUCAAAAAUAUCUGUUCCCUUCCGACUUGGCAUUUGAGACCGACAAUGAAGCGAACAAAACGUCAUCUAAAAUUAGAGAGUUUUAUUUUGGUGAAGACCGCAUAAGCCGUAACAAUAUAAUGAAAUUGGAAAAAAUGUGCACAGAGCUUUAUUUUCAGUUCCCGACUACUUUAGAAGCAGAUAUUAUGGUAUCUUCUUGGAAUGUGCCAGUCUAUAGCUACAUUUUUAAUUAUUCUGGAAGCAGGAACAUUAUUAAGAAAGCUGCCGGUUUCUGUAACGAAACGGGGGCGGGUCAUGGUGACGAUAUUUUAUACUUUUUCAAAAGCAGAGUAUGGCCAUUCUCAGUAGCGAGAAAGGAUAGAGAGGUCAUCGAAUGGCUUACUAGGAUGUGGACGAAUUUUGCUAAAUAUGGAUAUCCUACUCCACUGCGGGAUUCUCGAGUUCCAGUGAAAUGGCCGCCAGGUGAAAAGGACGCUCUAAAAUAUUUGUACAUCGAUGAUGUGUUUCGAAUAGGACCAAUGCCCAAUCCAGACUCGUACGUCUUAUGGAAAGAAAUAUAUGAUAAAUAUAGGCGAAUGGACUUAAAUUAUUAUUAUUGA